ACAACUUUGUACCCUCACUCACCAUACAGGUAUGAAUGAUAUGCACCCGCCGCAAUGCACACACAAUGUCAUCCACGCAUCCAAUAGGAUGCCAUCAGUACGUUAUUCUCCGCCCUUCAAUUUCUCAAACCGCUGCGGGACCUGCCCGUCCCUGUGGCAUGGGGUGUCGUGGAUGGGAGGAAGAAAAUUUUUGAUAAAGGAGAAGAAAAUAUACAAUCUCGACCUCGGUUUCAUCGCCCGCGCGAUAGGGCGUGGAGUGUCAGAAAAGAUUUGGAUGAAUGAAUGGAUGAACGAAUCCCCGCCUAUUCAUCCACCCAUCUAUCGCAAUAUCAUACCGGAAAAUUGGUUUUGGCUUUGGGUUUGUCCGAUUGGCUGAGCUAUUCCUCUACCACCCCCUGGCCUGUGUUCCCCUUGAUUUUUAUUUUAUUUUAUUUUAAAUCUAUUUUAUUUUUGUUUCCUUGACACGCUCACCGGUAGACUAGGUUUGUUUCUGCACUGUGUUGCCGACCGGUACUGCGCAGAGUAACCAUUUUUGGUAUUUUUCUCCGACUCGGGAUCGCCGCAGGAGGAGCCUUGAUCUUCGAUUAACGGCCCAUUGGAGUGGGGUGGAGCCGUGGGAGGGAGCAUGAUUCCAACCCAAUCCAAUACCAUGCUUCACUUGGGUACUGGGCACACCCAGUGAUGUAGCUUGUAUGUUGACUUCAGGCAAGUUGGGUCAGGCUAAUUGCGGGGAUCGCAGUUGAUUGGGAGGGGAGGAAAUGUAUCUCUCCCGUCCCAGUCGUCGCAGCCUAUUGUCCUUGCCUCUCAGCACCGUUUUGAAGGGCGAAGCAUUUCAGGGAUCGAUCGGAAUGUCUCCUUUUUUACUUUUUGCUUGCGCAUCUUUGGGCUAUCGUAAGUUAUGGAUUGUCUCCUCUUUUCUCUUGCGCGGAGAGUUACGUUGCUAUAAAGUGCUGCCACUUGUGUGUAGGUUCAUGCGUGUUAUACCGCUGGUGGACCCCGUACCUACUCGACUUUCCUCACGCACGAGCGCAAGUACGAUGGAAACACAGCCGGGGAUUGUAGCCCACCUACUAUACUAUACUUGUACUCUACUCGUACUGUGA